AUGCAUCUAAUACAACGAACACCUAUAUAUCACAUUUUAGUACCUCCACCGGUUGACCCUGAUGACAGUUGCCACAGUCGAAACACAAGAGCACGAGUAGCACAGUGGCAGAAACACACCAAACCAAUAGUUGAUACUACUUGCAACGAACCUUCUCGCGCCCAAAUUUACGAAAUUUUCUCCCUCGAUCGCCUAGGGUUUUGGGUCUGGAAUGGCGGAAGAAGGUCCGUGGAGUUCAGACGAGAGUUGGAGUGGGGAUCUGAGCCCUCGGUCGCCUUCAUCGAACGUUCUGGGGCUGGAUCAGGACUUGUUCAUGCAUCCUGCGACUUUAUCACCAGCGAGGCGAGUGACAAUUGCAGAAAGGACGAGAGGCGAAGCCUUACUGGUGAUGAUCUGCUAGAGGCAAUGGAGACACUAGGGUUUGAAGAUUAUGUUAAGCCACUUGAGGCAUACCUGGAAAAAUACAGAGAGAUUGAGGUUAGUAAAGUUUUUUUUGUUCACAAUAAAUUAAGUUACAUUGUUUUGUUAUAA